CUGGAAUACGAUAAUAAAUAUUUUGUUUGCAGUGACUGCCGAUUUCGCAAGUAAAUUCAGUGAAAUUAUUCAGAAUUUGUAAUUAAUUAAACUAAUUCUGUUUUAUUUGCGGCAUAACAACUUGUUUGAAAACCGAAAUUGUCAAUUUCAUCUCAAUCUCAGCAUCAGUGAUUUGUAUUUAAUAUUUGAUUUGGCUUACAACUAUUAUAACGUUAAAUUGUAUUUGUUACUGAUUUUAUCGAAAAUUUUGUUACGAAACGUUGUUGUCUAGCUUGAUUGAUAUUCGUUCAUUGUUUUGGUGCAUCUAAGCGUCAAUUAGCAUACGGUGAAGUGUUUAGAAAGUCGAAAGUCUGUUUAAGGGAUUCAAGAGAAAUUUUGAGCUGUUUUAAACAUGAAUACUGGUUAUUUUUCACCCCGUUUGAUGGUCGGAGCUGCUAUCGUUGGCAUAGUGGGAGCUGCUGGAGUCUUUAUAUACGAACAGGUGUAUGCUGAGAAGCGGAGAGCUAUGCUAGUAAGAGAAGUUCAGAGGCUGGAUAAGCAAGUAGCCUCAAUGAGGACAGAACUGGAAUCUCUCAGGGAACUACAGAAAGAAGCAAGCCUUCGUCGCUUGAAACAGAAAAAAGUUCGUAGGGAACGACCAGCGAAGAAGGCGGCAAUCGGUGACGGCGGGGAGGCCACGGAACAAAGCUACGCGUCCGACUCUGAGUAUUUUACUGACUAUCAGUCUGUUCUUGGCACAGACGGAGAGCUGGACAGCGAGGAGUUCUACGACGUGCCCACUGAUGAUGACGAUGAUGACACGCUCCGAGAGUCAUUACGCAACGGACACGUGGCAGAACUCAAAGACGAUGAGGUCACAGAAAAGGACAAACCAGACACUCCUGUUUCAACGCUCAAGAAUGUGACAUAGCUGUUAAAUAUAUACAGGUAAAUAUGUUAUUUUGUUUUUUCACUCUAAAAGUGCCGACUGCUGAGUAAAGGCUUCUUCUCAGACGAAGAAGGUUUGAGCAUUAAUCACCACGCUUGCUCAAGGCGGAUUGCCGAUUUCAAACUUUUUGGUUUUUUUGCAAUUUUUUUCUUCAUCGUAUGUCAGUGGUGUCUUAUUUAACUAAAAAGGUACUUAUAACUCGGAAAAAACAUUGACAUGAGAAGCGGGCAUCGGCUUAACCUCCUGAUCAUCGGGACGUUGACUAGAUUAAUAAGCCACUGAAUUAACGACCUAGCCUGUUAAAUUAUCGCAGUAAAAUUAUGGAAG